GCAAUGCGGUCAAACAGGAACCUUCGCACUCGCCGUCGACAAGACUCAAUGACCCGUACCAUACAGACAUCAUAAACAAGGCCAAUCCUCUGGCAGGGCUCAAAUUGUCCAUCCAGAUAGAAUCUCCGCCUCUGAUGCUAUACGGCCCGCCGGAACACAGUUCAGGCGCAAUUUUCAGCGGCUUGGUGAUUCUCGACGUAUUUCCGGACCAGAUCGGCCAGCCACAGAACGAAGGCAUUGUCUCCACGCAAUCGAUCCAGUCCACCAUCUCGCUGAGCACUGCCGCAACCAAUAUCAGACAAAAUUACGCAGAGGUUAAAGAAGUGGUAUUGUCUUUUAUACAGAUCAUCGACUACGGAAAACCGUUCGUCGCCGGCUCAACCACGAUAGACUCAUGUGGCGAGUGUCGUCGCAAGAUAACAGAGCUCGCACAUUGGGACGUUCUCUCGCGGCCAACAGGUUUCGCCAAAGGCUCGUCCCAUGCCUUCCCGUUCAGCCAUCUGGUGCCUGGGACGCUUCCUGCCACAUCUGUUCUGUCCAAUUCGCUGACGUCGAUUCGCUACGAGCUGGUUUGCAAGGCGCGCUUCAUCAACAAGCAGGGAAGACCGGACCACAUUAAUAUCGCGCUGCCGGUGAUGAUCCGGCGAUCGAUCUUGAGAGGUCAAGAUCGCAACUCGCUCAGGGUUUUCCCGCCCACAGAGGUCACUGCCACCGCUGUGAUUCCGAACGUUGCGUAUCCGAAGUCGACUUUUCCUGUGGAGAUCCGCAUGGACAACGUGUGCUCGCCGGAGCGACGCUGGAGAAUGCGCAAACUGAACUGGAAAUUGGAGGAAAUAAUCCGUGUGCGGGCCAACCACUGCGUAAAUCACCAGGACAAGUACGCCACAACCGUGGAAAACACCAAACGCGCACGGCGAGGCAAGAAAGCGCACAAGAAUUGCGGUGGUCCCGGUAAACCCGUGUACAAUUAUUAUUUCGAGCACCCGCCCCGUCGACACACGACAGAGGAGAACGAGGACCCCAGCGACGUGACCGCGCAAAACACGUCGCCCACCGCGUCUCCAGACCUUGUGCCUGUCGCGUCAACGUGGUCGGUGCAGGCCGGAAGCGAGGCGUUGGCACCGCAGGUGUCGCAGCAGAGCACGCCGCAGAUGGCGCCGUCGCUGUCGACAGCGACUAGUAACGACUUGCAGCCGCACCAUACCACCACAGACACGCCGCUGUACGUGGAGGAGAUCCGUGUGAUCAAGUCUGGCGAGCUCAAGUCGGGCUGGAAGAGUGAUUUUUCCAAUAAGGGUAGAAUCGAAAUCGUGGCCGACAUCUCGCUAAUGGACCUUGUUUCUAUGGGACUCAACGUCUCGCUGACCAAUUUGUCCGCAAUCAACUCGCUGAACUGCGAGUCUCCGAUUUUCAGUCUGGAGCCCCAAAGUGGAGUCAAUUGCGCGUGCGACAUCGAAGACCACGAAACAGGCAUCUUUGUCCACCACAACCUGGUGCUGGAGGUGAUUGUGGCAGAAGAGCUCAUGCACGCUACAAAUGUGCAGCCGAUCCGCUCCACUCCGUCAUCGGCCUACUUGAGCACCGUCACAGUCGCCCCCGUGCAAGCAGGAACUUCGUCGCAAAACAGACCCGGCGCAACACACCACUCGACCAACGCCAAACACAACGACGGGGGCACGGGACCAGACCACGUGAGCGGUAACCGCAGCGACCCGCUCAACCACACAACAGGGAUCCCCACGGGUGUUGCCAGGGUGCUGCGCAUGCAGUUCCGCCUGGUUCUCACAGAAAGAUCCGGGCUCGGAGUCGCGUGGGACGACGAGGUGCCGCCAACUUAUAACACAGUGGGGGCUCUGUCCCCUCCACCAUACGACGACAUCAACAGCAUGCCGUCUCAGCAGUCUCUAGUGAUCCCAUUGGACUCCAGCGACCAGCUGGACCAGCUGGACCAGGUGGUGCUACCAGAACCAGCAAGACUGCACUAGAAUUUAAUAUUUCGGACGUUUGGCGUUGGGCCGCUCGAACCUGUCGGAGCGAAUCGUUCUGGAGGGGCCUGACGACCCUGAUAGACCAGACGCCCUGCCUCUUGACGACACAGGCCGCGGCAGGGCUCGGGCAGGCCCCGUUCUUUUCUUGGCCACCAUCACGGUAGCUUUGCCGGAGCCGUCGAUGUAGGCCAGAAUUUCGCGGAAUUGCGGGUGGAAUUUGGCGAGCGCGUUGUCGCCUUUGCUGUUCUUCACCUCAUGCACCUCCUCCCCGCUGUCUAUAUCGAAUAUACGAACGUUGUUAUUUUGGUAGCUGAUCGCCACUGCUGGUGUAAGGGUGUCGAUGCAAACGGGAGCGUCGUCAAGAUUGUAGAGGCUCUUUAUGCAGAUUAGCAGCUGCGCGUCCACCACUAGCAGCUGGCCGUCCAGGCCUGCUGUCAGGAUCUGGUUGCGGUCUGCCAUGUAUU